UAUUGACCAUGGACUGAAAAAACAGAAUGAAGGAACUCAAAAAGAAGACUUGGUAAAGUUGACUCGGUUGCUUCUUCGUCCCCUCCCUGCUCUUCACUCUACUCUCAAAAAUCAAUGCUACUAUAAAUAACUGCAAAACAUUCACAACUCCAAUAUAUUUCUUACUAUUCCCUUCAAUAUUUUCCUCUAUUUGAAGUGUUGAUCUGCUACUUACUUUGCAUACACUUAAUUCAGAUCUCGAGAUGAUGAAAGUAGUGCUGAAGUUGGAGUAUGUGGAUGAAAAAAUCAAGCAAAAGGUGAUGAAAAAAGUUUCUGUUGUGGAAGGGGUAGACUCAAUGUCGAUAGAUACAAAGGACAAGAAAUUGACAGUAAUCGGAAAUGUAGAUCCAGUUGUAUUAGUUUCAAAAUUGAAGAAACUGUGUCACACUGAGAUAGUAUUGGUUGGACCAGCAAAAGAGCCGGAGAAGAAGAAAGAUAAUGAGCCGAAGAAAACACAAGACAAAAAGAAAGCGGCGAUAAAGGCAUAUCCAGCUCCAGUUCUCUAUCAAUAUCAACCUUAUCCACAGUACCCAACCCCUGUUCCUGCUUAUCAGCACUAUUACAGUGUGGAAGAAGAGGAUUCUAACUCUUGUGUGAUCUGCUAACUUUCACAUUUGUGAUGAGUUAGUGGACUAGUUCAUACAAGCCUCUCCUUGUGAGAUUUGUUGUACUAUAUUUGGUUGAAGAAUUGAAAGUUAAAGAGGAUAGUAAGCAUUUGAAGCUGAAAAAGAAUAAGAGUUAGAUUUCAUA